GUACUGAUACUCUACGCUGAAAUGUCGCAAAAACUAAUCUCUCAAUCUUAUGGAGAUUUGGAAGAAACUUUAAAAAAGGAGUUACCAUUUUCCAUUCAAGCUUAUUUUCCCGUUAAGCUGUUGAGGAAAGGAUUGGUAACAAAGAGAAUUGUAUGGGUGGACAACUGGCCCGAAUUCAAAACGGUGGUAGUUUCAGACGACAAGAAAAAGAACGUUUCCGCACAGCGAGCGUAUUGUUACUGCAGAAAUGACACAGACUGCAUCUCCAUUCUUGACUCUAUGCUACGACACAUAUCAGAAACUCUUUCCAACUCUCUUUUCCUCUAUGGUAAGAGUUACAUAUACACCAUUUGCAUUUCUUAAACAGACGGUACUACUGUGGUACUACUGUAGUAGUAAAAACAUUUAUUCUCGUUAAAAAUCCCAAAGUCAUUUUCUAUGAGUAUCAAGAUCACUUGGAAAACGGACGAUCACAAAGGAGCUAUGCAUAUGAUAAGGAUUCCAUAGUUAUUUGAGCAGCAAAAAUUGCUGUGCCUUUCUUUCAGAUAUGACGUAUGUUUUUAAGGCAAGAAAAUGUGCUUUGAUUUGGCUUUAUGAUAUCGUAAAAUAUCUCGGUGGUGUUCAAAAUAGAGUAGGCUCAUUGUGGACCACCACAAGGACUCCAAUACGCCAGUUUCGAGAUUAGAGCUCUCCUGUGUAGGAGGUGCAUUUAGUGGAACUUUGAAUGCUUAGGUGGGACAGAGUGGUAGUAUAGUCAGUGAGAAAGACGAUCAAAUGUAUAAAAACCGACUUCUUUUUAAAUACUUGAUGUAGGAAAUAUAAAAUACUACCAAAAGAAAUGUUUUGCUAAAGUGGAAAUAUAAAUACAAUGCUAUAUAUCCAAACAAUGUCCUGGAUAUGAUAGCUAGGAGCAACAAAAUACCGUG